CAGGUGGCGCGCUCUCGAGUGGCCACAGUCAAAAUGGCUUCCGAUUGAUCCGUCGCGUCCUCAUCGCCACGGCUUUUUCUUCUUGCGUCUGGCCAUGUAAUUAUUGCGAUUCGACCCAUCCGCCGCGUCAAAUUGUUCGAUCCGACGUUCAUCUCCCAUGGUGUAAAGCGUGGACCGUUUUUUGAAGCAACCUUUUGCUUCGAAUGACGCACCGCCUGAGUAAAUAAUUUUUUUUGAAACUACAAUUACAACAUCGCAGUUUCUAUGCGAUCAUUUAUAACUGAGUCGCCAUUCCACUGUGACGUCUGCGGAAAAUAUUUUUCGAGAAAAGACCAUUACAAGAAUCAUGUCAUGUGGCAUACUGGAGAAACCCCACAUCGGUGUGACUAUUGUGCAAAGACGUUCACUAGGAAGGAGCAUCUCAUGAAUCAUAUAAGACAUCAUACUGGGGAGACACCUCACCAGUGCAAUUAUUGUGCAAAAACAUUUACGAGGAAAGACCAUAUGGUUUAUCACGAGAGGCAGCACACCGGAGAGACGCCGUAUCCGUGUCAAUACUGCCCAAAGGCCUUCACGAGGAAGGAUCAUCUUGUGAAUCACGUUCGCCGUCAUACAGGCGAGUCCCCUCAUAAAUGUACUUAUUGUCACAAAAGCUUUACCCGGAAAGAACAUUUGACCAAUCACAUUAGACAGCAUACAGGUGAAAGCCCUCAUCGAUGUCAUUACUGUACUAAGAGCUUCACUCGUAAAGAACAUCUAACAAACCAUAUUCGUAUUCACACAGGUGAGUCUCCACAUAGCUGUGAGUACUGUAACAGGACUUUCACAAGGAAAGAACACCUCAAGAGACACGUUAGACAACAUGUUCAAGGCUCUGAGUACAACUGUAUUAUUUGCGCUACCCCAUUUUCAACGAAAGAACAUCUUGUUGAGCACAUGCAGUCUCAUCCUAGAGACCGACCGUACGUAUGUACAGAAUGCGGGAAAUCGUUUCCUUUAAAGGGUAACCUUAUGUUUCACGCGAGGUCACAUCAGAAAAAUGGUCCUGUUGAAAGGCCUUUCAGAUGUGAUCUUUGCCCGAAAGAUUUCAUGUGCAAAGGUCACCUUGUCUCUCACAGACGAAGUCACACCACCGGGAAAAGUAAUUAUGCUCAAUUUUCUUUCGUUGAAAAGAGCAAUGCAUUUAUGUUAAAGCAACUGAUUAAAGGAGAAACAAGCGAAAUGACUGCACACAUCGUUCACAGUCCUCCGACACCUCAACCACUUCAUACAGUAUCCGUCGCUACACAGGUCGGUCUCCCAGUCCUUGCUUCGGCUCCCAACCUUCAUAUGCAAGCUCCACAUUCUCUUCUCACCGCUGUCACAUAAAAUCCAUUUUAAUCAUCAUUGUUGUACAUAGACAGAAAAAAAAAAGAAGAAAAAAAAUACAUUUUCACCUUAUUUCUUUUCUUAAUAUGUUACUGAUGUUAUACAAUUUUUAAUUCUGUAUUUUGUGUGUAGAAUGGCAUGUAGAAAAUGUACACAUAGACAAAAUGUUGCAUAUACGACAAAAUACAUGGUGAUAUCUUUUUUGUGAUUUACUGUUCAAAAAGAUAUAAACGAGAAGAACUAAUGUACUUAUGUUUUUUGUCUCUGAUAGUGAUUCAAUGAAUAAAUUAAACAUUUACAAAAAAAUUAUUUUUAAAUAUCAUAUGCUUUUAUUAUUUUUUUAACAUUAUUUUGUAAUCUUCUUCACAUAUUUUUAACGUUUUUUGUCGUAGUGUUAAUUUUUCAACAAAAUAUUCGCUUUGUUAAGAAUUAAAAAAAAGUGAAAGAAGUUUGUAACUGAUUGUGAAAUAGAGAAGCUAAAGGGCAGAAUUUUUAUAGUUACCGCCUGGGAAAUUUUGUCACAAGAAAAAAAAAAGAUAAAAAAGAAGCUUUUGUGAGUACAUAUAAUUUAAUGACAUUAUUUUAAUAUGAACAAUUUUUAUUGAAAAUGUAGGUUAAAUGUCGUAAUUUGAUAAUGGGAACACAAGAGGUAUAUUGUCAUAGAUGUAUAGUAGAAUAUUUAUAUAUACAAAAGUAUAAAUGAAAAAUUAUAUUGCAGUACAUACAUAAAAAGUUUAAGUAGAUAUAUAAUUGUUUUUGUUUUUUUAUUUCGAGAUGAGAAUUAUUGUAAAGUGCUCCGUUUCUUUUAACUCUAUAUAUAAUACAUAUAUUGUAUAUAUUAUAUUUUGUGUUAUAUUUUAAUAAUAGCAAUACUUUUUUUCCAAUUUUAAUGGCAGAAAUAUUAUUAAAUUGAAAAAUUUUAUAUUAAUUUUGUGAUUUGUAUUUGAACUUAAGUGUUCUUUCUUUUUUCUCUUUUUUUUCUUUAUUUUAUACAUAAUAGGAAUUAGUACAAACUAGAAUAUAUUAAUAUUUGUAUGCUUUUACGCAAACAUUAAAAGAUUGGCUGAUUUCUAGGUGUACAAUUUAUUGAUAGUAUAUAAAGAAAAAAAAAUUGAGACAUACUUUCCUGUUAUGUUAGUGGCACAAUAUUCAUAGUGUACAAUAUAGCUAAAAUA